CGCGCAGAUGCGCGAAAACCCGGAAGCGGAUCGCGUGGAGUGACGGUCCCAUCGCAGCGCGACUGACUUCUAAAGACUCUUGGUACAUGAGGAAGAAACUUGGAAGAAGAAGAGGAAAGCAAAGGAGUCAGGGAUGGCUCUUCCUCAGGGUCUGUUGACAUUCAGGGACGUGGCCAUAGAAUUCUCUCAGGAGGAGUGGAAAUGCCUGGACCCUGCUCAGAGGACUCUGUACAGAGACGUGAUGCUGGAGAAUUAUAGGAACCUGGUCUCCCUGGAUAUCUCUUCCAAAUGCAUGAUGGAGUUCUUGUCAACUGCACAAAGCAAUAGAGAAGUGAUCCACACAGGAACAUUGGAAAGACAUGAAAGUCAUCACAUUGGAGACUUUUGCUUUCAGGAAAUUGAGAAAGAUAUUCAUAACUUUGAGUUUCAGUGGCAAGAAGAUGAAAGAAAUAGCCAUGAAGCACCCAUGACAAAAAUCAAAAAGUUGACUGGUAGUACAGACCGAUAUGAUCAAAGGCAUGCUGGAAACAAGCCUAUUAAAGAUCAGCUUGGAUCAAGCUUUCAUUCACAUCUGCCUGAACUGCACAUAUUUCAGACUGAAGGGAAAAUUGGUAGCCAAGUCGAGAAGUCUAUCAAUGAUGCUUCCUCAGUUCCAACAUCUCAAAUAAUUUCUUGUAGACCCAAAACCUGUAUUUCUAAUAACUAUGGGAAUAAUUUCGUGAAUUCUUCAUUACUCACACAAAAACAGGAGGUACACAUGAGAGAAAAGUCUUUCCAAUGUAAUGAGAGUGGCAAAGCCUUUAAUUGUAGCUCACUCUUAAGGAAACAUCAGAUAAUCCAUUUAGGAGAGAUACAAUAUAAAUGUGAUGUAUGUGGCAGGCUCUUUAAUCGGAAGCGAAACCUUACAUGCCAUCGUAGAUGUCACACUGGUGAGAAACCUCACAGAUGUAAUGAGUGUGGCAAGUCCUUCAGCCAGAUGUAUUCCCUUACAUGCCAUCGUAGACUUCAUACUGGAGAGAAACCUUACAAAUGUGAAGAAUGUGACAAAGCUUUCAGUUUCAAAUCAAACCUUAAAAGACAUAGGAGAAUUCAUGCUGGAGAGAAACCUUACAAAUGUAAUGAGUGUGGCAAGAACUUUAGUCAGACAUCAUCCCUUACAUGCCAUCGUAGACUUCAUACUGGAGAGAAACCUUACAAGUGUAAUGAGUGUGGCAAGACCUUUAGUCGGAAGUCAUCCCUUACAUGCCAUCGUAGACUCCAUACUGGAGAGAAACCUUACAAGUGUAAUGAGUGUGGCAAGACGUUUAGUCAGGAGUUAACCCUUAAAUGCCAUCGUAGACUUCAUACUGGAGAGAAACCUUACAAGUGUAAUGAAUGUGGCAAAGUUUUUAAUAAAAAAGCGAACCUUGCACGUCAUCAUAGACUUCAUACUGGAGAGAAACCCUACAAGUGUACUGAGUGUGUCAAGACAUUCAGUCGAAAUUCAGCCCUCGUAAUUCAUAAGGCUAUUCAUAUUGGAGAGAAAGGUUACAAAUGUAAUGAGUGUGGCAAGAAGUUCAGUCGAAUUUCAGCCCUUGUAAUUCAUACAGCAGUUCAUACUGGAGAGAAACCUUACAAGUGUAAUGAAUGUGGCAAGGGUUUUAAUCGAAAAGCACACCUUGUAUGUCAUCAUAGACUUCAUACUGGAGAGAAACCCUACAAGUGUAAUGAAUGUGGCAAGGUUUUUAAUCGAAAAACACACCUUGCACAUCAUCAUAGACUUCAUACUGGAGAUAAACCUUACAAGUGUAAUGAAUGUGGCAAGGUUUUUAAUCAAAAAGCACACCUUGCACGUCAUCAUAGACUUCAUACUGGAGAGAAACCUUACAAGUGUAAUGAAUGUGGCAAGGUUUUUAAUCAAAAAGCGAACCUUGCACGUCAUCAUAGACUUCAUACUGGAGAGAAACCUUACAAGUUUAGUGAGUGUGGCAAAGUUUUUAAUUGAAAAGGAAAGCUUGCACAUCAUAAUACAAUUCAUACUGGAAAGAAACCUUACAAGUGCAAUGAGUGUGGC